AUGACAUUCAGGGCGUGGAACGAGAACGCCUUUGGUUUCAGACAUCGCACCCCUGGCGCCUGCUUCCUUCCUGCAUGGAACCAGACGGGACCGGAUCCCACUGCUCCCCCACCUUACAGGUGCAGAACAGGGGAAUUCAGGAACCAUCCAGGCUAUAAGCUGGUGAGCCAGCCUCAGGAACAGCUGGAGACUCCUUGGCUUGGCCAGGCAGCCCUCAGCCCAGGAUUCUGGGUCUCAUCUGGAUCUCUCUGUUUCUCAGUAAUCAAGUGGACUCCUCAGGGAGCCCCCAACUCAACCCAGGCGAGCAUUGGCCUAGGCUACCUGCUGAGGGACCACAUGGAGGGGAAGAAUGGCACCAACUCCACCAGGGCCCUGAAACUUCCAGAUGGGACCAGCGCUGCCUGGUACAUUCUCACCAUCAUUGGCAUCUACGGAGUGAUUUUCCUCUUCCGAUUGGCCAGCAACAUCCUCAGAAAGAAUGAUAAAUCCUUGGAAGAUAUCUACUACUCAAAUUUGACCUCCGAACUCAAAAAGAAAAAUCUCCAAAGCAAGGUGGCCAAAUGCUCUGCACUGACCUUUAGCAACAGAGCUGUCCUGCAGUCCAACCAGGCCAGCCUGGAACCAAAAUGUAAAAACAGUGGGUGCCAAACUGAAAUCCAAGGGAUCCCUUGA